CCCCCCGCCCCCAGCGCCGGAGCCCGAGCCGCCAUGGGGGAGGCGGAGGAGCCGGUGCCUGAAUCAGGUGCUGUUUUCACAUUUGGAAAAAGCAAAUUUGCAGAAAAUAUUCCUAGCAAGUUUUGGUUUAAAAAUGACAAGCCUUUGUAUAUAUCAUGUGGAGAUGAACAUACUGCUAUUGUUACAGAAAAUGGUAAACUUUACAUGUUUGGCAGCAAUAACUGGGGCCAGUUAGGACUAGGAACAAAGAAUACUAUCAACAAGCCAACUUGUGUAAAAGGUCUUGGGGAGUUUGAGGACUACUCAAGAUACACAGAAUCCGAUCUUUUUGGAGACCCAUUAAGAAUUCCCAUCCAGUGUCAUCUAUUUCUGUCCAACUUCAUUCCAUAUGCAGGGAAGUUAUUGGACUGUUGAUCGCUGAAGUGCUGUUUGGUGCUUAGACACCAAGAGAAAGUAUCAUUAUAUGUAUGCAUUGU